UGCCGCUGCUCCUGCAGCGCUGCUGGUGGCUCGCUUGGAGAGAAACGCCCGUGUGACGCGUUCAGCCCAGCAACCCACUGACAAGCAGGAGCAGGAGCCAGAGGGAGUCUGCUGCCUUGCAAAUGUAAACAGAGACGGCAGGGUAAAGUGGCAGAAGGGAUGAGACUCGUUAUUAUAUAUAUUUGGACCUGAUCUUGCAUAUGAAAGCCCCGCUCCGACCGUGCAGGGAAGGUGCUGCAGGUAAAACUCCAUGUUUGACUAGGUUAUAGAUGAAGCUGGUAGCGAUGGAGCUACAGAGACUGGCCCUGACGGAGACGGGCUCCGCGAUGCUCAUCUGAUAUUGCGAGUUGUGCUGAGGCCGCUGUAAACACUGGAAUCACAAUUUGGCCCUGAAAGGAAGACUCGCUGACAGGCUUUGCAUGUCAAGUGGCUUCUGAGCUACUUGACAGUUUAUUGUUUCCAGCACCACUGGGAAGCAGGAAGCCAUGAGUGAUGACUCGGUGUGUCUGUUUUAACAUGGUGGCAUGAAUCUGAGGAUCUGUGCUGGGAAUAUGCCGCUCAGAGCAGGUUUGGUAUUUUAAUGGGAUUACCAAAGGGAAAUACACAAGCAAACCCAGAGAAAAGUCAUCUUUUGGAUCUGCAUCAAUUAAUUCCAUCUCCAGAGAAAAUUUAAACACUAUUUGUUUUCUUAUCCGGAGCAGCGAAGAGCUAACAGAGCAAUCUGAUCACUGAGCAAAAUCCCCAGCGAAUAUGGGGUACCAAGGGCCCUUCUUCUGCUGAGUCAACAUAUGACAUCCUCAACCUACAAAAGCUGCCAACAAAACCUUGCUGGAGAUCUGCCUCACUAAUUCCAUCCAGUUAGAUUAAAACAAAAAAGGAUACAUUCUGCAGCUUACAGCAAAUCGAUAUAUCGAGGGACCUUUUACAAAUUGUCUACAAUCUGUAUAUUAACUCCAUUCAUGAAGAUGGCUAUUGUCAUCAAGAAGAAAGGCCACUUGCUUUGGUUUGGCCUACUUUUUGGAUGCCUUGUUAACCUCGGGGUCAGCCUAGAGUUUACUGGAGCUGGAGGACAGUGGGCAAGGUUUCCAAAGUGGAAUGCAUGCUGUGAAAGUGAGAUGAGUUUUAACAUGAAGACCAAUAUUUCCAGCAGUCUAUUGGUGUACUUUGAUGAUGAAGGAUUCUGUGAUUUUCUAGAACUCCUGAUUGUAGAUGGAUACCUUCAACUUCGCUUUUCAAUUUUCUGUGCCGAACCAGCUGUUCUUCAGUUAGAUACUAAAGUGAAUGAUAGUGUCUGGCAUACAAUAGUUAUUCAAAGGAAUUUCAAGAAGACAACGCUAAUAGUAGACAAAGAGGUCAAAACGGUUGAAGUGAAAUCGAAAAGACGAGAUAUGACAGUCUUCAGUAAAUUGUACGUUGGUGGAAUACCACCAGAAUUUCAUUCGUCUGUGCUGUCAUUAACAUCAACUUCAGUAGGAAGUCAAGAACCAUUCCAGGGAUUAAUAACUGAUCUCAAAGUUGGAAAUGGGACUACCACACUCAUUGAUGGUCAAGGAAUCAAAAUGGAUGAAAACUACCUUUGCACAAAUUACAGUCUAUGCCUAAAUGGUGGAACCUGCUCUGUAGUACAAGAGAAGGCAAUUUGUGAUUGUUCUCACACUGGCUUUCAAGGAAAAGACUGCAGCGAAGGUGAGUUGUCUUUAUCCAGCUCUGGUGAAUCCCUUCAUGGAGCUAUGGACGGUGCAAAGACCAGGAGGAUGUCAGAUCCUCCAGAAGACAACUAUGUUGAAGGUCUGGCACACCUGAUGAUGGGCGACCAAGGCGUUAUCUCAAGCAACAUCUACAGGACUGGAAGAGAAGAAUUUGUUGCAACCUUUAAAGGAUCUGAAUACUUCUGCUAUGACUUGUCGCAGAAUCCAAUCCAGAGUAGCAGCGAUGAAAUAACAUUAUCAUUCAGAACCCUUCAAAGAAAUGGUCUGAUGCUUCAUACAGGGAAAUCUGCAGAUUAUGUAAAUCUGGCUUUGAAAGAUGGUGCAGUCUCACUGGUCAUUAAUUUGGGGUCAGGAGCGUUUGAAGCUUUGGUGGAACCUGUGAAUGGAAAAUUUAAUGACAAUGCCUGGCAUGAUGUGAAAGUAACACGGAACCUUCGUCAGCACGCAGGCAUCGGACACGCUAUGGUGACAAUCUCAGUAGAUGGAAUACUGACCACCACGGGAUACACACAGGAGGAUUACACCAUGCUAGGCUCUGAUGACUUUUUCUAUGUUGGAGGCAGUCCCAGCACUGCUGAUCUUCCAGGUUCACCAGUCAGCAAUAAUUUUAUGGGUUGCCUGAAGGAGGUUGUUUAUAAAAACAAUGAUGUCCGUUUGGAAUUAUCACGACUUGCAAAGCAAGGUGAUCGCAAGAUGAAGAUUCAUGGAAUGGUGGCAUUCAAAUGUGAGAAUGUUGCAACACUUGACCCAAUCACAUUUGAAACCCCCGAGUCAUAUAUAUCGCUACCAAAGUGGAAUGCUAAAAAGACAGGAUCGAUCUCUUUUGACUUCCGCACCACUGAGCCAAAUGGACUGAUCCUUUUUAGCCAUGGCAAGCCACGACACCAAAAAGAUGCUAAAAAUCCACGAAUAGUAAAGGUGGACUUUUUUGCCAUUGAAAUGCUAGAUGGACACUUAUACCUUCUGCUAGAUAUGGGAUCUGGUGCUAUUAAAACAAAAGCCACUCAAAGAAAAGUGAACGAUGGGGACUGGUAUCACGUGGAUUUUCAGAGAGAUGGAAGAUCAGGAACGAUAUCCAUAAACAGCAAACGUUCACCAUACAUGGCACAUGGGGAGAGUGAGAUUCUGGACCUGGAUGAUGAUCUAUAUCUGGGUGGACUUCCUGAGAACAAAGCAGCCCUCAUUUUUCCAACAGAAGUGUGGACGGCUCUUCUUAACUAUGGCUAUGUUGGAUGUAUUAGAGACUUGUUCAUUGACGGACAAAGUAAAGACGUACGAAGGAUGGCUGAAGUCCAAAAUGUGGCUGGAGUGAAACCUUCAUGUGCCAAGGAGGUUCCAAAGCAGUGCCUUAGUGACCCAUGUCGAAAUAAUGGUAUUUGUAGAGAAGGCUGGAACCGAUAUAUUUGUGACUGUUCGGGAACUGGAUUUCUGGGCAGGUCCUGUGAGAGAGAAGCAACAAUACUGAGUUAUGACGGAAGCAAGUUUAUGAAAAUCCAGCUGCCUGUGGUAAUGCAUACGGAAGCAGAAGAUGUAUCACUGAGAUUCAUGUCCCAACGAGCCUAUGGGAUCUUAAUGGCCACAACGUCCAGAGAUUCAGCCGAUACUCUGAGAUUGGAACUGGAUGGUGGCCGUGUCAAACUUACGGUCAACUUAGACUGUAUCAGGAUUAACUGUAAUAACAGCAAAGGUCCAGAAAUGCUUUAUGCUGGACAAAACCUCAAUGAUAAUGAGUGGCACACUGUCCGUGUAAGUCGUCGAGGGAAGUAUCUCAAGCUGAUAGUGGAUGAAUUACAACCCGUUGAAGAUCAAAUGACAGGAGAUCACACUCGGCUGGAGUUUCACAAUAUUGAAACGGGCAUAGUGACAGAAAGGAGAUACAUGUCAAAUGUCCCUUCAAAUUUCAUCGGCCACUUACAGAGUCUAAUGUUUAAUGGGAUGCCUUAUAUAGACCUGUGCAAAAAUGGUGAUAUUGACUACUGCGAACUCAAUGCCAGAUUUGGUUUAAAAAGUAUCAUUGCUGAUCCUGUGACCUUCAAGACGAAAUCCAGCUAUGUUGCACUGUCCACAUUGCAAGCCUACACCUCCAUGCAUCUGUUCUUCCAAUUCAAGACUACGUCAGCAGAUGGCCUGAUACUCUUCAAUAGUGGAGACGGCAAUGACUUCAUUGUAAUAGAACUUGUUAAAGGGUACUUACACUAUGUAUUUGAUUUAGGCACUGGCCCAUCCCUCAUUAAGGGGAACUCUGACAAACUGCUGAAUGACAAUAAGUGGCAUAAUGUGCUAAUUUCAAGGGACACAAACAACUUGCACACUGUGAAGAUCAACUCCAAGCUCAUCACUCAAAAUACAGUUGGAGCCAGAAAUCUGGAUCUCAAAGGGGACUUGUAUAUCGGAGGGAUUGCCAAAGACAUGUACAAAACAUUACCAAAGCUGGUGGCAUCAAGAGAGGGAUUUCAAGGAUGUUUGGCUUCAGUGGACCUGAAUGGAAGGCUUCCCGACCUCAUUUCUGAUGCUUUGUAUUGCAAUGGGCAGAUUGAACGAGACUGUGAAGUUGCAUUGAUGAAAGCUGACUUGCAAGGACCAAGUACAACGUGCCAAGAGGAUUCUUGUGGAAACCAAGGUGUCUGCCUUCAACAGUGGGAUGGCUUCAGCUGUGACUGCACAAUGACCUCAUAUAUUGGCACUUUGUGCAAUGACCCUGGCACGACAUAUAUCUUUAGUCGAGGUGGUGGACUAAUCAUUUACACAUGGCCCCCAAAUGACAGACCAAGCACCAGAGCAGACAGGCUAGCUGUGGGCUUUGAUACGCAUGUAAAAGAUGCCAUUUUGGUACGUGUCGACAGCUCUGCUGGCCUUGGAGACUACCUACAGCUUCACAUUGAACAAGGAAAAAUUCGGGUUAUUUUUAAUGUUGGAACAGAUGACAUCACCAUUGAAGAAACAAGUGGCACCGUAAAUGAUGGAAAAUACCAUAUCGUUCGGUUCACACGGAGCGGUGGUAAUGCCACACUACAGGUGGACAACUGGCCGAUCAUUGAACGUUACCCAUCAGGAAACAAUGAUAACGAACGCCUGGCGAUUGCUAGACAGCGAAUCCCAUAUCGACUUGGUCGAGUAGUUGAUGAUUGGCUACUCGACAAAGGACGGCAGCUUACAAUCUUCAAUAGCCAAGCAACUAUAAAAAUUGGUGGCAAGGACAAAGCUCGUUCAUUCCAGGGUCAGCUAACUGGCCUGUACUACAAUGGCUUGAAAGUACUUAAUAUGGCAGCUGAAAGUGACCCAAACAUCAGAAUAGAAGGAAAUGUGAGAUUAGUAGGGGAAGUGUCCUCGAUGACAACAGAAACAACAACCACAUCAAAGCCACCAGAAAUAUCGACCACCAUUAUGGAAACUACAACCACCAUGGCCACGACCACCACCAGGAAAGGGAGAUCGACCACCACAAGAGACGUUAUGACUCAGAGCACAGAUGAUCUGUUGGUUGCAUCUGCUGAAUGUCCUAGCGAUGAUGAGGACAUUGAUGAAUGUGAGCCAAGCUCAGGUGGGUUAGGUGGCAGAGGCUUCCCAGGGACAGCAGAAGUGAUUCGUGAAUCGAGCAGCACCACAGGAAUGGUGGUUGGAAUUGUGGCAGCCGCUGCUCUUUGCAUUCUCAUCCUCCUCUAUGCCAUGUACAAGUACAGGAAUAGAGAUGAAGGUUCCUACCAUGUGGACGAGAGCAGAAACUACAUCAGUAAUUCCGCUCAGUCCAAUGGGGCUGUAGUGAAAGAGAAGCAGGUGAACAAUGCCAAAAAUUCAAGCAAAAACAAGAAGAAUAAAGAUAAAGAGUACUAUGUCUGAUCAUACACUGAGAAGAAGGAAGCCUGUAAAAUGAGAAACCUAAAAAACGACAUUUUAUCAAAGACAUGAUAAAACUGAGAUUUACUUUUUGCAAAGCACAUGGGAUGAAAGACAAUAUGUAUAAUCAGGACGGAAAGACAGCUGUUUGUAAAGUAAGCUUUAACAUUUCAAGGUGGUUGAAGUCUCCUACUUGUUCACAGUGUUUUCAUUUGCUCCGUCUUCUCGUUGUCUGAACUUUACUGUGGAGGCAACAGCAUGAAGCAUUCAUCAAGAAGAGUAUUACAACAUUGCACAGAGAAUCUACCUGUUACCAUUGAGUUUUCAGCCGAAGUGCAAAACAAUUCUGCAAUGUGACAGAAGUCUCAUUACUCCAGAAACUUUAAAGUUAGUUAGCAGACCCUCAACAUCAAUGGGUUUAAUCAUCUUUACAUCCAUGGGAGACCUGUGUUUAAGUACUGGCUACAACAUAAGACUAAUGUUAAUAGUAUAAAGUGGAAUAAUCCCUUUCUGUUUGUAAGAAGUAACGCCUUAAUUUCAUCCACAGGAAAUAUAAGGCAUGGAUAUAUACAAAUAAAGAGAGCAUAGAUACAAUCAUUUGAAGAUUUUCAUGCACGCAAAUAUGUUAUUACAUACAUUUAUACAAACAUGUAUAUGUGCUUUCUGGACUGUGAUGAGUGAUGUUUUAUAGCCUGUUGUAUAGACAAUGCAAUUAUCUCUGCUCUCCAGACAUUUUUUGGUAAACGCAAUGUUAUAGCUGUAGCUAUGGAUAGACAGGUUUGAAAUUGUUGAUGAGAUCUGCAAUGAUAAUGUUUUUGCAGCAUUAAUAGUCUCAAACUUUUUGUUAAUUUCCAUUGUAAUGAAUGUCUACCAUACAUGUAAGAGAGAAACAUGUGGAUGUAAAUAUAAUUUAGCUGCAUUUUUGUAAUUCAGACAGUAAUAUCUUCUGUUUGAGGUUUUGUUGUGUGGGAAACAAAUCAAGUUUUACACUGAAAUGGUGGCUGAUACUAUGAAAUCUUUGUUAGAUAUACCAAUGGAAAUAGGUUUCAAUAAAUUCACCUUAAUUUUUUCAUGUUUUCUCCACGAGAAAAAUAAAAAUGUUUCACAAAUCUGAUCAUUCCUUAAGUUGCCAGACUCAUAUCAUAUUGAUGUUGUUGAAUGUCAAUGUGCUUUGUUACAUGGAAAUGUUCCUAAAUAUCCACAGCAUCACUGCAGAAAGUACAGUUCCUUUUUUUUUAAACUUAAAUAUUUCCUUCUCCCAUUUGAAAGUUGAAAGUUUUAGCAUUAAAGCAUUGAAGUUGUUUCAUUUUAUAGCUUUGAGAGUCCUAUAUAUGGAAAACUAGAAUAUCUAGACCUUCAGAACUCAUUAUUUAGCUUUUUAUAUUAUUUUUGGUGAUUCCAUAGCAAUAAACCUGGUUGUAAUGUAUGUAAUCAAAUACAAAGAGAAUAUAUUAGAUUCUAUGGGCGUACUUCAAGGUAAAGCAGCUGAAUUGCUACAGUCUUCCUGGAAGGAAAUAGGUGUUCAAACUGGAAGGAAGAAUUUAAAACUAGCUUUAAACAGCUGGGGCCACAACAUAACAGGAACUAUUGUAACUUGUGUCGGCAAUCAGUUAGAAAUAGUCUUCUUGCCAACUGCUAUAGCCACCCUUGCGACAUUUAAAAUAAUCCAUUAGAGUUGUACACUCCCUUUAACAACAGCCACUUCAAAAACAUUUCAUAUAUAUAAAUUCCAUUCUGUUUUUACCUUGGAGUGAAAGGUGCCUUCUCGUCCGAAAUAGCUGAAAAAGAGGAACAUAGCAGAUAUGACCUAAGUCAGAAAGUUGUAUGUAACUGAAAUAACAAUUCCAUUUAAUGUGAUUAUAAUGUAAAAUGUUAACAACCAUCCAUUCUAUAAAUUGUUCAUGGAGAAUGAAUCCCCUUGAAAGUGUCAAUGAAUCCAUUUGUCAGAAUUUAUUUACAUGCAUUUUUUAUUCAACUAUAAUAUAUUUGCAUUUAAAGCCAGUUCCAAUGUUGCUCCAGUAAAACAGGGGGGAAAGGUCCAAUAUUCCAGAUUCCUACAUAGAUGUUUGGUCAUAUUAAUAUUUAUAAAAUUUGAAAUGUCAAAUAACAUUUUAUAAGUUUCUAUUGGCAUCAAAAAGAGUUGAGGUAAUCAAAUGGGUCAAUUUUAUAAGCAAGGCUCGCAGUGAAAUCAGAAUUCAUUUCCUCAACAAUGGACCCCCCCCCCCCCCCCCCCCCCCCCCCCCACUAGCCAACACACUCGACUAAUGAGGCUGAGGAAAACGCCAUCAAUCUGCCAUGGUUCAGUGGAUAAUGAGGAGCGCCUUGCUUUACAGGAUUGAUAUUUUUAACUCUCAAGCACAAUCGUAGCUCAUUGCAGAGUAGAAAUCUGUCAUUGAGAUACAUGUCCCGGUGAUGCCAAGGUGAUAAAAUUAGAUCCAGGUUGAGGCAGGUCAUUAACAUUAUGUAUUAACAUUCAUACGACAAACGAAAGAUUGACUGAUGAUAUAGAAGUAUUUGUUUACUUUGGCAGAACCUUUCAUUACAGACACUGACCGACCUGGAUACACAGGAAGUGGCUGUAGGAACUUUAGAAUAGGAACUAGACAUCAAAUGAUAUUUUUAGAUAACUUGCACUUGACAAACUGGACAGUUUAAAGCUAUUCACGUUGCCAAGAUAGUUAUAUCCAUUUAGUCAACAAUUUGGUUUACUAGCUACACACGAGCAACAUUUUCUUAUGUCUCAGACUACCUACAGCCCCUAGCAUGGCAGUUUUUAAAUCUCAUUUUGGUUGAUACUGUUUGGUACUGUAAUGUGUUGUGUUUUGGCAAACUCUUGUUUUGAAGCAGUAUGAAAUUUUACUUCUGAAUGAUACAUUUCAAACAAGAUAAAACAAGCAAAACCAUUCUGAAGCCCCAUCUUCGAGUGCUUUGUGUGAUAAAUAUUGAAAGAAAAAUUUGUUGCAAAAGCCAAGUUAACCAUUAUUGAAAAUGCUAAGCCAGUGGAAUUUACUGUUUUUGUUAAUAAAAUGUUUCUUAUAAUAGAAA